UGCGCAGAGUGGCUGACGGCAAAGCCGCGCUGCUCUAGGAGAGGUCACUCCGGAGACCGUAUAGGUUUUGGGGCGUGGGGGGAUCAGUGGCAUUAUGUGGCGCGUCUGUGCGCGACAGGCCCAGAAUGCAGCCCCAAGGACUGGACUCGGAGCUCGAUGGACGGCCUCGCGGGAGGGAUCUGCAGCUCAGUGUGUGAGCCGGCGGUCUGGCCCCGCUCGUUGCAACAGCACAACCACAAGGUAUGGCGGGGUCCGGGCAUUGGGCGGCUGGAGCCCCAACUCUGGCGCCACUCCGCGGAACCGCUUACUGUUGCAACUUCUGGGCUCGUCUAGCCGCCGCAGUUAUAGUCUCCCCCCGCAUCAGAAGGUUCCAUUGCCUUCUCUUUCCCCCACAAUGCAGGCAGGCACAAUUGCCCGUUGGGAGAAAAAAGAAGGAGAAAAAAUCAAUGAGGGCGAUCUAAUUGCAGAAGUUGAAACUGAUAAAGCCACUGUUGGAUUUGAGAGCAUGGAGGAGUGUUACAUGGCAAAGAUCCUUGUUGCUGAAGGUACUAGAGAUGUUCCAGUUGGAGCCAUUAUUUGUAUCACAGUUGGAAAACCUGAAGAUAUUGAGGCCUUUAAAAAUUAUACUUUGGAUUCCUCAGCAGCUCCUACCCCACAAGUAGCCUCAGCACCAACUCCAGCUGCUGCUACUGCUGCUGCUACUGCUGCUGCAUCUCCAUCCACGCCUUCUGCUCAGGCUCCUGGUAGUUCAUAUCCCACCCAUAUGCAGGUACUUCUUCCUGCCCUUUCUCCUACAAUGACAAUGGGUACAGUUCAGAGAUGGGAAAAAAAAGUGGGUGAGAAGCUAAGUGAAGGAGACUUAUUGGCAGAAAUAGAGACUGACAAGGCCACUAUAGGUUUUGAAGUACAGGAAGAAGGUUAUCUGGCAAAAAUCCUGGUUCCUGAAGGCACAAGAGAUGUCCCUCUGGGAACCCCACUUUGUAUCAUCGUAGAAAAAGAGUCAGAUAUAGCAGCAUUUGCUGAUUAUAGGCCAACUGAAGUAACUGAUUUAAAACCACAAGCACCACCACCUACCCCACCUCCGGUGGCCCCUGUUCCUCCAACUCCUGCACCUUUAGCUCCUACACCCUCAGCCACCUUUCCAACUGCUCCUGCUGGACCAAAGGGAAGGGUAUUUGUUAGCCCUCUUGCAAAGAAGUUGGCAACAGAAAAAGGAAUUGACCUUACACAAGUAAAAGGGACGGGACCAGAUGGCAGAAUUAUCAAGAAGGACAUUGACUCUUUUGUGCCUACUAAAGUUGCUCCUGCUCCAGCAGCUGCUGUGCCUCCACCAAGUCCAGGAGUGGCACCCAUUCCUACAGGUGUCUUCACAGAUAUCCCAAUAAGCAACAUUCGUCGAGUUAUUGCACAACGGCUAAUGCAAUCGAAACAAACCAUACCUCAUUAUUACCUUUCUAUUGAUGUAAAUAUGGGAGAAGUUUUGUUGGUACGGAAAGAACUGAAUAAGAUGUUAGAAGGAAAAAGCAAAAUUUCUGUCAAUGACUUCAUCAUAAAAGCAUCAGCUCUGGCUUGUUUAAAAGUUCCUGAAGCAAAUUCUUCUUGGAUGGACACAGUUAUAAGACAAAAUCAUGUUGUCGAUGUCAGUGUUGCUGUCAGCACUCCUGCAGGACUCAUCACACCUAUUGUGUUUAAUGCACAUAUAAAAGGACUGGAAACCAUUGCUAAUGAUGUUGUUUCUUUAGCAGCUAAAGCAAGAGAGGGUAAACUACAGCCGCAAGAGUUCCAGGGUGGCACUUUUACAAUCUCCAAUUUAGGUAUGUUUGGAAUUAAGAAUUUCUCUGCUAUUAUUAACCCACCUCAGGCGUGUAUUUUGGCAAUUGGUGCUUCAGAGGAUAAGCUGGUUCCAGCAGACAAUGAAAAAGGAUUUGAUGUGGCUAGCAUGAUGUCUGUUACACUGAGUUGUGAUCAUCGAGUUGUGGAUGGAGCAGUUGGAGCCCAGUGGCUUGCUGAGUUUAGAAAGUACCUUGAGAAACCUAUCACCAUGUUGUUAUAAUUAACCCAAGAAUUUCUGUAUUCUCCCUGGUCACAUUGGUUCAUUCUUAUUGAGAUAUUUAUGUUAUUAAACAGGUGGUUGUUUUAAAGUUAA